AUGGCCCUCGACGAAGCACACAAGGACCGGCUGAAGGCACACAUGAACAAAGAGCACGCGCCCGAGCUGCAGCAGUACCUCCGCGCCUUCAACGGCCUCUCGACCUCGGCCUCGGCGCGCCCGCAGCUCACGGGCCUGACCCUCGACUUCCUGACCAUCGCCUCUGCCUCCGGCACGCACACCGUCCCCAUCGCCCCGCCGAUGUCCUCCCUCGCCGACGCCCGCGUCCGCUUCGUCGACAUGGCGCAGCGCGCGCACGCCCAGCUCGGCCUCAGCGACAUCGGCAUCGAGUCGUUCACGCGCCCGCGCGGGCUCGGCGUCGUGUCGUUCGUCGGCGUGAGCUUCUACUUCGUGUGCGCGGCGGCGACGCUGGGGUUUGGGCUCGUGCGUCCCGGAACGGCUGUGUGGGAGCUGCUCGAUGCGGGGUUCCCGUACGGCGGUGACGGCUUCGUGUGGUUGGUCAAGGCUAUCUUCGUGCCGGUGCUGGCGAUACACCUCACGGAGGCGUGGUGGCUGGCGCGGACGCGGCUUGCGAAGCAUGGGGUCGAGACGGGGAGCAAGCUGUGGUGGACCUGGGUUGCUGAUACGUUCCUGGAGGGAUAUCCGGCCAUGAUGAGAUUCGACAGCAUGGUUGCGGAGGAGAGGCGGAGAAGGGAGAGUGCGAAGCAUUAG